AUGCAACAUGAAGCUGUAGACAGCACGAGCGCAGGCGCGGAUGAUGUUAUGGGCACCAUGGACGACGACUUUCAAUGGGAAUCGGUCCCCGAUGACCUCAGAGAUAACGACACAUUUAUGCUUGCUGUGCGAGACAUUGUCGGUAGCCAUCCUUAUGAUUUCUCGAUUGAUGUUAUCAACAUUUACACGCUUGACACUAGCACUUAUAUUCACAGUGCAUCCACCAUUGAAACCCCUGCAGAAGCACUGGUCUUGAGCGGUUAUCUGGGUGCUACUCCCCAUUCUCCAACCAUUGCCAUUUCUUUGUCAACACUCGAGCUUUACAGGCGUCUGCGCCUGCGUAAACCUUCACUCAGCGUUGAGGCGUUCACCAAGGUACUUUGCGACCUGUAUCAUUGGCCUUAUCGCCGGAGAUAUCGUACCGCGCUUGCUGAUGCUUUCGACGUCUAUCUCACAAUCCACCGCAACAUUGAUGUUCAAGUAUUGAAGACCCUUGGACGUGAUUCCGAAAGCUGGCGUGUGCUUAAUGCAUGUCCACCAUGCACGUACGAGCUGAAGGAUGAGCCAGAACUUGUCUUCCGACGAAUGAUAGUAUUUGAUGGGAAUAACUCGCUGUCCCGUAUGGCACCACUGGGAGGUCGUCAAGUCGGUGAUACACGCAUAUUCAACAGUGACUACUACCUCGAGCCUGACUACAUCAACGCGCAUGCAUCACAAUCCAACACACUGUCAUCAGAUGACGAGACCAUCAACCCUACUUCUCAAACGCACGCUGGGCAGGACCCUGAACUUACGAACACGUCACCAGCUACGUCAGCAUGCACAGACAACUGGAAAGCUGCUGCAGCGGAUGCGAAGAAGAAGUCAUGGGGAAUAUUCGAAGAGACAGGAAUCUUUGCAAGCGCUUGCCGUCAUGGUCUUGUACUUUGGAUUGCUGAUAUGGUUCGCAGUGGGGAACUUUUCAAGUACCCACUUGCCAUCGUUGGUAAAGCUCUCGAGACUCUCGGAUCACGUCUUUUGGUUGGAUAUGACGUGGGCUGCAAGCUUGCGAUUACCAUUGCCUCUAGCUCGCUAGCGCAGAAGUUUGAUGAUGCUGAAUAUCGUAUGUGCGUUGACGCAUUUCAUGGGUACACCCACAGCUAUGCGUGCCAAGACAAGAACCACCCAAACGUCAUCAAGGGCAUGGGAAUCGAAGAUCUUGCUACGAUGGAGCGUAUUUUUAGCUCGUCCAAUCAACUUGCCGCUGUCACUCGUUAUGCCUCGGCAUACAACCGUCGUGUCUCCAUAGACUCCUUUUUCAAACAGUGGGACGAAGACAAGUAUCUCAACCUCGGUAAUAUGCUCUACAAGAACUAUGUUCAAGCGUGUCAGAUCAUUGAAGAGCAGGGAACUGCUAUCCGAGAAGCCAAGAUUUCGCUCAGCAUUUCAGACGACGAUCUCAAGAUGUGGUCUACAGAACAAUCACAGUACCUCGCAACAUCAGGUCAGGAGGCAGAGUGGGAUGUUCACGCUGUUGUGUAUGUUGAGCUGCUUCAGAAACUCAGGGAAGCAAGAGCGACCUCAGAAACCGCUUCUGCAAUGUUCCUGAAUGCCACGCCGAUGAAUUACGAGUUCAUUAUACCCACCAGCACUUCCUCCUCCUAUUCUACGAACCUCUCCCAGACUCGAAGGCUGGAGACACGACGCCGACAAGCUUCACAACGAUAUGACUCGAUACUACAAGAAGUUGUUGCACUUGAAUUGAAGAUGGGCGUAACCCGACGAUGGGAACCAACUGAUCGCGAGUACCUAGAGACCCUGAAGUAUAUGUCACAGCGUGAAUAUCAUCGCGCGCUUGACAAUCUUCAAUGGCUUGUAGUACUUCGGUUGUUCGAACUCCAUAAACUCAAUAUUUCUCAAACAGGUUAUCGGAUGCGCACUCAUAUCGCGAAGUCCUUGCAAACUCGUUGCAAGGCCAUUCAAAAUGCUGUCAAGUCCUAUAAUGCAGCUGCCCUUGCCCUUGAGCCACCAGCGCCUACGCUGGACUGGUCCAAAGUGUCGCAUUAUAAUUUUCUUGAGGAGUUUGUUCUCUUGCGUGAGACACGCCAAGACAUUCGCAGCAGACGCUGGGCUGAACCGGCGAGCCUUCGCAUUGAGCGCGCACAUGAAGAGAUUCAGCGUUGCCAUGUGGAAAGUCAACGACUGCACACUGCUAUCGUUGAUGAGGAAGUGCACUUCACCCGGGUCAUUUUGGAGGCCAACAAUGCCAGCGAUCCGAUAUGUGGGGCACUUGAAGAAUUUUGUCAACGCCGGCGGCGCAUCAAUGCUCACAUACUCGCUCGUUUACAGGACUUAUAUUCACUUGCCAGCUUCACUGGCUCCACAACAUCAGGUGUCAGGAAGAAUGCUCCAGAUGAUGCAUUGGUAAAUUCAGAGCAUCAGAGCGCUGAAGAUGACGAGAAUGAUGAUUGCGCAGGACUCGAGGAGGAUGACGCUAUUGCUGGUGAAGUCGGCGGUCUACUCAACUACAUAUCUGAAUUACCGUAG